CGCAUCUCGCGGACACGGAUUAAAUGAUAGAGAGCCCCUUGCCAGGUGUGGCGGUGGUGAAGACGAGGUGAAGAAGGAGGGGAUAGAAAAGAAAAGAAGCUGUCACUCUGGAGUUGAAAAGCUAGGUAACAAGAUUACAACUUUUACCGAUACUAGCGACCGAACAAAGGUGGAUUAUCUUGUAGAGUCGCCUGUGAUUGCAGCUAGUCGUGACGAAAACCAUUUUGGAGAUAGACGACACAGUACAGGAAGUCGUUUUGUCGCAGAUGGAAUCAGGUCCACCCCACGAAGAAACCUCGAUCUGAAAACCAAUAUCAGCCAUUGUAGGUCGAAGUUCGCAGGUCAUACCGAGACUGAACCAAUUUGGGUCCCUCUCGUAACACAGACUGAUGAAUCAAAGUCGUUUAGAGAGGAGACGAGCGGUACAGUAAAUAGAGACAUUCAGCGUGUAGACGCACAUUUCAUUCCCAGUAAAGAUCGUCCAGUAGACAACAAAAAUCGCUCAGAUUUAAAAGCAUAUCCACGUGAAGACAGCGUGCAUGAUGGAAAAGACAAGAACCGUUCAGAUUUUAACGUAAAUGUGCAUAAGGAUAACACAGGUGAUACCAACGAGCGUUUAGUACCGGACACUAUUAAAAGCGCAUAUGACAAAAACGUUACUGUGCUAAACCGGGGACCGAGUCAAAAUGAAGACACUGACUGUGCCAGCAGAGGUUGUACAAACACUGCGUGCACCCAUCGAGAAGCUAAAUUAAAACACAAAUUUUCUGAUAACGGCCCUCGGAAUAGCUGUGCAUCAGACCUCAACAUAAUUAAGACUCCAUUUAAAGAAAACCGCAAAAGAAGUAAAAGCGAUUCAGCCACAAGUGGAGACACGGGCCCCGACGUAAGUCACUCUAAGGUGAAAAGUGUCUCAACGCAGGCGUUCUUUGAAAAUUCACAAGUGCGACGUUCGUCGGAACACUUUAAUAAUAUGCCGAAGCCAAGGUCGAACUUGUCCUCAUCCAGUGAGAACACUGACAGCACAUCUACGUCGUCAUCAUCAGACUCUGCGGACACUUCCGACGUUUACCUGCGUACAGUGGUGUACGACAAAAUGUCCAAGCGCGGGGUGUCCCAACGUGACGUUUCCGAGCGCGCAGUGACUUCUGAUAAGAAGGUGCACGAGAACGAGGUGCUGGACCGAGGAAGAUCUUUACAUAAACGCAAAGACAACGUUAACAUGCACGGAAGUGCAGCUGCACGACAGGCAGUUAAAAGUAACUCGCGAAAGGUGGACGAGAAAAAACGUGACGCACAAUACUCCUCCGCCAAACUGCGACCGAAGUUGCAGCCUUUAGACUGCUCCAGUCAAUUGCGAACUAAGCCAGAUUCUACUUCGAGUCCCACCACUCCUGGAAAUCACGCCUCCCAGAAGCUGAGAACUGAAAAGGAUCCCCCCAGCCCGGCCAGUCCAGGUGAUCACCUGAACACUAUGCUCGAUCAAAUGGUGAAACACUUGAAAGAUCUAAACACCUCUGGAAGUAUAGAGAAUAUCUACAAAUUCUCACAGUUGCAGCUUCCGAACUUUGAUAAGUAUAAAGAUAAGACGAGAAACAAAUCAGAGAGUCCAGUAGAAAGGGUUAAUAAAAAACAAAAUUGCGGCCUGGACGAAGUCGAUACAAUUGAAAGGCGUCGCCGAGCCAAGAGCAUGGAUAGUAGACCAAGACUGAAGAAUUCAGAUGUUUUACUUGAAAAAGAGACUGUCGGGUCACUGAAUCGGGUCAGAUCUAAAGACGAUGCGUUAGGUGUGACAGACGCGAUUGAGACGUUGUGUCGGGUGAGAGCCAAGGAUGACCUCCCUCCCUUUCUUCGCUCUACCAGCACGCAGACAAGCAAACGGUUCGAGGAUCGUCAAGGAGCGAGAGUCACGGCACCUCCACGUUCACAAACUACCGCGUGUCACAUGCCUCACAAGGGCACGUGUGACGUCGAAAAACUGGAACAGUACACGCGGAGCCGACCACAACAGCCUCCCAACCCCCAGCGCUUGUUUAGGCGACACACAACAACCAUUUCAAACUACCCUCGCCGACCGUGGCUGCCGACAGAGGACUUCUUCCAAAAAGAGAAAAUGAAAACCCUCGGUCCCUCAUUCUCUCGAGAAUUCAGGCUAAACGCCGCAACACAACCAAAAGCAUGCGAACUAGAGAAAUUCGUCGCACGGGAUUCUCAAAGAAUCGAAAAAAUUCGCCAGAGAUAUAAAAGCAGCCCAGAGAUGAGGAAUAACGAGCUUGAGAGCAACGUGCAAGAGCAAGACAAAUUUCAAGUGGGCCGGCGUGAGCUCGAGGCUCUUCAGUCGGCGGCACCGGAUCCGAUACUUAGUGGGGAGCAACACGCACCUGUCAGCCCCGCAGAGGUACGAAAGACCAGCCUGCUGAGUCCCGAGACGUACAGUCCACGACCUCGGCGCUCAAUCCUCCCCACUAAUAAAGUUAUUUCUGUGAUUACUGAAAGCCAGGAUAAUAUUUAUCAGAGCCAGGAACCGCUUGACCAGCCUAGGUAUUGUUCUAAAUAUGAACUACACAUGGAGAAACCGCGGAACUUUGCCGAACAGGCGCGCUCGUUUACGAAUAGGUGUUUGCAAUUACUGCAUAAGGGAAAGCAAAAGAAAUCACCCGAGGGCAGUAAAAUGGAAACACCCGCUAUCAAUGACGGGGCAACUUCAAAGACAAGAUUCAAAACAUCGACGAGAAAAUUUCACAGCAAGAGAAACGAGCCUCUUUCAAAGAAGACUUAUAGCUCUCCUGAUAUAACUUCUUCUGACUGUGAACCACAGUACGAGGCCACUAAAUUUCGCUACGAGGCAGAUAUGUGGACGCAGCCUUCGGCAUCUAAGGACUCAGUUCUUUGUCAGCAGGAGGGGUAUUUCGAAAACCGUGCACGGCAACCGUUUGACGUAGCGGACGACGAUUUCGAAGAUGUUUUCGUUCCUCCUUGGAGUGAGCGUUCGCCGCCAGACGGUGCACCGAGCAAUUCCCCACGAGACUCCAAAGUUAUGGAUGGGGAAUUUCGUGAUGACAGCUCGUUAAAAAGUAAAAAACUGAGACCAAAAUCAUGUUAUGUUUAAAGACCUGACAACAUUUAAAACAUAUCUAGAAUAAUUGUUCUAAUAUGCGUUCAUUAUUACCUGAAAUCAAACAUAAUAUAUUCCAUACAUAGCAACAGACUGUUCUGUGGGGCAUAAUAUUGUCACAAUUAUUAGCAGAUCACUUUGAAUUGUUUUAAAACUUGAACGAAUAGCAGCUGAAUAUUUAGUAAUGUACGCCAGGUAAUAUAUUUGUCCUUUCACACCUAGUGCAAUAUCACAUCUAACACACUGGCACAAACUACACGUUUAUCAUGCAUCACCACACCAUCAAGAUAGAAAACUCUGUCAGGAUUGGCUGGAUUUGGUUGAAAAUGUAAAAU